GGAAUUGGUUAGAUCGGCAUAUAUUGCUGGCAUAAUCUGACAGGAAGUUGCUAUAACAAGUUUCAGCACUAAUUUCUGAUUUUAAAUUAGCUCUUUAAUUCUGAAGAUGUCCAGAUUGAAUUACAAGGAGCGUUAUGGUUGCCGACGGCUGUUAGAGAUGAUGACAAAUGAUGACAUAUCCUCACUUCGAUUUACUAUCACUAACAAAAAGAAGGAUCUUUUCGAGAGCACAUCAGAAUCAAUUGAUGCCAUCCUUUCAAACACAGAGAAUACAGAGUCAUUCCUGAAACGCAGGAAAGUUCAACGUGACUUCAUAUUCAAAUACCUGACGGAGGACGAGGGGGUUGUGAUACCCAAAAACAGCAACAAAGACCAGCUGGUGAAGAAGGCCCUUGACGUCUGGACUAUAGAGAAGGUGCGUCCACAAGCGUAUGAAGAUGUCUCCUUCAGUGCUUUAAAAAGAGCAGCAGAUUCUCAGAUAGGAAUGAGGUUUCCAACAGCACAUGUCACCUCUCAACCUGUCUACUCUAAGCCGCACUACACAUCCCAGAUGUUGGACCUUCAAUGCCCAGCAGCUGAGACCAAUCCAGGACCAGCUGUGACUAUUGUGAGACAAAUUGAGACUAGUUUGAGACCAAUUGGUCUGAGAACAAGUGAGAGUGUCUCUGUUUCCUCUGAGGCGACAUACAGUGCUGGCUUUGACCACCUGGCCUUGGCCAGACAGUUUUGUCAGUGGUUCUUCCAGCUUCUCAACAGUCUGAACCCCUGCCUGGGUCAGCCUCCUCAGGAGUGGGGACCACAACACUUCUGGGAGGAUGUGAGGCUACGUCUUCUCUCCAGCGCCGGAGAGCAGUAUACAGAAGAGUACGAAGGAGCAGCAAUGACCAGCCUGCGUCUCCUGGCCCUGGCGAGGGACGAGAGGCUGCUAUUGAGCCCCAACCUGGAGCCUGGUGGCCUGAAGGCCCUGUCCUCCCCCCACGGCCUGGUGCUGGUGGCUGUGGCAGGGACCAUCCACAGAGACAGAGAAUGUGUCGGCAUUUAUGAGCAGGCGUUUGGCCUCAUACGCUCCCCACUGGACCAGAACAAAUGGAAGAUCAAGUUCAUGGUCUUGAAGGUGAGGGGCCAGGAGGCUCUCAGGGUGGGAGAGAACCUGCUGUCUCCAAUAUUAACAUGGGAUUCCAACGACCUGCAGCUCCUCUGUAGAUGAUGGGGGACCUGGUGUGAUCGUCAGCAGGGGUCUUCAACCGAGGGUCCGCAGGUCUGGAUCUUAACUAUGGAGACAUUUUAAAUAUGAUUUAGCUUUAUAAAAUGGUACAGUAAAUUAAUUAUCAUGUAAUGCUUCAUAAGUUGCCUACUUCUAGGUUUACUCAUUGUCAGAAAAUGACUAUUUAACUGUUCUCUAGUUUGGUACAUUUUCCCCCCAGCUAAUCAAUCAUGAGACUGUAAUUGACCUCAGUAACCUCUGAUCUAUUUAUUCUAAUUAUUUGUAGCCUUUAUUUAGGAAUGGAAUCAUUGAGACCAAAAUCUAUUUUUUUCAAGGGAGUCCUGCAUAGAUCCACCUUUUACAUUCAAUCUACAAAGUCCAAAAGCCGUGAAAACAAGGCCACCACUACCUUUUUAAUUUGUGUUCUUUCACCCUCAAUCUCUCUCCGUCGCGCUGUCCUCUCUCACUCUGUGUGGGAGUGUAGCCCAUAGGCCUGGCUCUGUGUGAGAGUGUAGCCCAUAGACCUGGCUCUGUGUGAGAGUGUAGCCCAUAGGCCUGGCUCUGUGUGAGAGUGUAGCCCAUAGGCCUGGCUCUGUGUGAGAGUGUAGCCCAUAGGCCUGGCUCUGUGUAGUAGGGUAGAGAAUGCAGCAGUGACUCUGUGAUUUUGGUUGGAAAUGUUACAUGUGGGUUAUUUUUGCCAUUCGCUUCAAAGGAACGGAGCUAGUUAAUAUCUGUCUCUGUAGGUCAGGGAUCUGCACUUUACUGGGCCAUAUUUGUGGCAGAGGAAACCACCACGGCCAUUGUUCUCUGGCUGUUCAUCUCACAGAAAGAAUAAUAACAAGUUGCCCGCCUCCUGCCUUUAUGGCACUUGGCUUCCCUCCGUUUAAUAAGCGAUUUGGCCCAUGGAAUGGCUCUGACGCAGAGCUUAAAAGAUACCUUUCCAAACAACACAUAUUUGUUUCGUAAAUACCCUACUUAGUAUUUCCCACCACACUUUAGCUGAGACAGGUAUUAAAGUUCUCUCUACUGCCCAAUAUUCUCAAUAUACCAGUAUCAAUUAUUAGUCUUUAAAAAAGUGAUUUGUUUUCAUAUAUUACUUUUAGCCUUUUCUUGUUGGCAUAAAAAAGUGUGCAUUGAUAAAAAGUCCAUAUCUUUUGAAUGAGUUAUCCACAUUGCAAUGUUUUGAAAGGUUUCCUCAUUACCAUACUAACAUGACGUCAUAAUUUGUCCUGCUAGCAGAAUUCUAGUCAUCAAGUUGCUACGGAAAGUUUCAGCACCCAUUUCUGAUUUUAAAUGAGCUCUUGGUAGUUUUGAAGAUGGCAGGAUUGAAUUACUAGGAGAGUUAUGGUUGCAGACAGCUGUUGGGGAUAAUGACAAUGCAUGACAUAUCCUCACUUUACUGUCACUAACAAAAAUAUGGAUAUUUUUCGAGAGCACAUAAGGCAGGGUCAGUUGUCAAGCUUAGGUUUUUUCUUGGUCAUUAAAGCUGGAGUCCUUAGUAUCUGUAUCCAUUUUUGAUUUAUAAAUGAAUUUUGUCCAUUGUUGAAGAAUAUAACGCAGGUAGCCUAGUGGUUAGAGUGUUGGGCCAGUAACCGGAAGGUUGCUGGGUUGAAUCCCGAGCUGACAAGGUAAGAAUCUGUCCUUCUACCUCCGAGAAGGGAACCCACUGUUCCCCAGGCACCGUGGAUGUCGAUUAAGGCAGCCCCCCGCACCUCUGAUUCAGAGGGGUUGAGUUGACAUAUUUCAGUUGAAUACAUUCAGUUGGACAACUGACUAGGUUGCCCUUCCCCACCAGAACCCAAAAUAUAAUCUUAUUUUACUCCAAUGUUUAUAAACACAAACAAAUACUCUAUAGCCUCAACGUGGUUAACAACUAUAAUUUUGAUGUCAUGGGUGGUCAGUCUUUGUAUCCAUAGCUCUCUAUGAAUUUGAGAGUGGGUUUGAGGACCUUUUUACUGAUGAUUGUGUUUUGCUUUUCAUGUAUUGACGUGCAUAUUGAUGUCUAUUAUUGAUGUGUAUAGUGUGUGUUGAUGUGUAUGCAGGUCUCAUCUGUAAAAUAGACCUUGUUCUCAGCAUGACUUCUUGUCGAAAUAAAGGUUGAAUCAAAACAAGUAAA